AUGGAUGACGUAAGCGAGACGUUUUCCAUCAUGGCGGCGGAAGGCUGUGAGGAGAUGAGCGGCAACGGGGAGCUCGAAGAGUCUUCAGCCAUGGAGGCUUCUGAGGUUCCUGCAUCGCCUCCAACUGAGAUGGUGGAGAUGUCAGAGGAAAAUGGCAGUGCUGCAGAGGCCCCUGAAGCCCCCGUAGGCCCCGACCCUGCCUCCUUCUCCAUGCCCCCAGCUGCAGAAGAUGAGGAGGGAGAAUUGCCUGCUGACUUUGAGCGUUUGUGGAAGGCUACCCAGGACAAUCCUCAUGACUUUACCGGCUGGACCGACCUGCUGCAGUACUGCGAGCAAGAGGGUCAUGUCAAAGCGUCACGCAGUGCACUAGAGGCCUUCCUCGUUCGCUACCCACUCUGCUAUGGCUACUGGAAGAAAUUUGCUGAUCUGGAGCGCCGCGCUGGGUACAACAACAAAGCAGAGGAGGUGUGUGUACAGGGUCUGCAGGUAAUCCCUCUGAGUGUAGAUCUCUGGAUCCACUACAUCAAUCUGCUGCUGGGAACACUAGACAUGAAUCUGCCUGAGUCGCCCACGCGGAUUCGCAGUGUGUUUGAGGAUGCGGUUCAGGCAGCAGGUCUGGACUUCCACUCAGACCGGCUAUGGGAUCUUUACGUUGAGUGGGAGAAGGAGCAGGGGAACAUGAUGAAUGCUGCGGCAGUCCUGGACAGAGUCCUCAAAGUCCCCACCCAGCUCUAUAACACCCAUUACGACAAGUUCAAGGAACACCUGAACAGCCACGAGCCCAAAGAGGUGCUUUCCCCGGAGGAGUACGAGGAGCUGAGGGCGUCGUGCCGUCAGAGUCAGAAGGCAGAACGUGCUGAGCAGGCCCAGGAGGAGGAGGAGGAGAGGCCGCCGGGGGAGGAAGAGCCCGCCACACCAGAGGGCACAGACACAGAGGAAUUGAUGCAGAAGAUCAGGGAACAAGUGCUGGUUCGAAGGGACAAAGUGUACCAGGACAACGAGGGAGAAGUCCGCAAGAGAUGGCACUUUGAAGACGCUAUCAAACGUCCGUACUUCCACGUCAAGCCACUCGACCGCCUCCAGCUGCGGGCCUGGCACUCCUACCUGGACUGGGAGAUCGCUCAGCUCACCACUCAAGGACCCAAGGACACUCAAGACCCCAACCAAGAUCCACUUCAGGCAGCCACAGAGGGGUCAGAGGUCACAGCCCAGCCUCAGGAAGGAUCAGAGGAGGCUGCGGUCGCCCAUGACGACCACAGGGUUCGCAUCCUUUUCGAGCGCUGCCUGAUCGCUUGUGCUCUGUAUGAGGAGUUCUGGACCAGGUACACUCAGUACCUGGAGUUGCAGAGUGUGGACGAGGCGCGGGCUGUUUUUAAACGAGCCUGUGAGGUCCACCUGACCCACAAACCCAACAUCCACAUGCACUGGGCCACCUUCGAGGAGAGGCACGGUGACUUAACUGAGGCCCGACGAGUGCUUGAAGCCCUGGAGAAAACCCUACCAGGGUUGGCAGUGGUCCGUCUUCGCAGGGCGGCUUUAGAGAGACGAGCAGGCCAGCUGGACCAAUCAGAGGCCUUGCUGCGGGAGGCGGUGGCCGAAUCCAAAGAGAAGCCCACGUUACACGCUUUCUACUCCAUCAAGCUGGCUCGUCUGCUGCUGAAACUGGGCAGGAGCCCCAUCAGAGCCCGAAAGGUUUUACAGGAGGCGCUGGAGAUCAGUCCGGACAAUGAUAAACUGCACCUGAACCUGUUGGAGCUGGAGGUGUCUGGGGACCCCUGGGCCUCAGCUGAGGCGGUGCAGGAGUGUGUGACCCGAGCCCUGGCAGCUCCACUCGCCCCACACACCAAGAUCCUCUUCUCACAGAGAGGCCUGCAGUUUGCCGAGGACUACAGCAACUCUAUCCAGAGUGUGCUGUCUGUGUAUGAAGAGCACCAGAAACUGCUGAGGGAGCUGGGUGGAACGAAGAGAGGAGCAGAGAACGGGGAUGAGGACCCAGAGAAGCUGAGCAAAAGCGACGACGGCUCUGCUGCUGUGGCUGGACAAGCCCCACCCACCAUGCCGCACGUCCCCAUCACCACACCCCCUCCUCCUGUGAUGGGCACCGACAUGAGCGCACAGUCCGGCUACGGGGGAUACAGCAGCUGGUACCAGCAACCACAGUACGGCAGCUACGGCUACCAGAACACCUGGAACUACAACCAGGGCUACUAUCCUCCCAGCUAAAGUGGGCGACAGUGACUGUGACACAGAAAAUGCCACAGGAAGCAGUUUGACUCCGAAUGACUUCUCAGCUGAACAACAGUCCUGCCGGUCCACCCGCUAAAGUAACAUCCCAGCAUCCUUUCCUCUCCGUCCUUCCUCUGAGUUUCCUCACUGUCCUGGGUUUGUUUAAACACGGGGCCGGAGCGGUUUUAGCAUGUCGUGUCAUUUCAGCGUUGAUUCCGAGGGACAGGUGGAAAGGCAAUGAAAGGAAACUGUGACGCCCAUUCUCAGUACAUCAGUGUCUCUCCAUUUUAAUCAGAAAUAUUUUUGUAUUUGUUUGAAAGCCGACCCCCUUCGCUCAAGUCAUUGGUGUAUGAUUGACAUUUUGUACCAUUCCAGAGUAGGAUAUUUGUUGUUUUUCUAAUGUAUAUAAAGGUGUUUUAUAGUGUGUCACAACAGAAAGUUUUUGCGUCUGUUUGCUCGUACUCCCAUAAUGAAGGUGAAAAAUCAACCGUCACGCUCAUUCAAAAAGACAGAACUCUUGGUCUGCUAGGGAGGAAAAGCUAUAGUUUGUGUCCUGCUCAUACCUCAGCAGCGCUUUCUAAAAAGUUGGGAAGUCGUCUGGAAUCUUGUGUACAUCGCGGCAUGGCCUCUAGUCUUGUGUCAGCAGGAAUUUUAAGAGAAUUUCAUUUGCACAAAAUCAACCAAGUUGGAUAUUCACAUAGCCAGCAGGUUUCAGAGGCCUCAGCUGUCUUUAUCAAACUAACUGGCAAAACAAAGAAGGAGCAGGCUCUGCUGGUUCCCUUUUACAUUAAAUCUCUUUUAGGGCAGUGGUCCCCAACCUUUUUAUCACUGCGGUCACUCACUUCAGUCAACACAUGAAUUUUACCACAGCCUGGGAGGGGAGGGGGUGGACGGAGAUAUUGUAAAUAUAAUAAUAAAUGUAAAUCCACUGUGUACUCAUAUGCAACUUUAUUAGCAGCUUCCUCGUAACAUUGCGCCAAUAACAUUGUCUUUUAAGUGGCCGAGAGAAUCCGGUCAUUUUUUCAAAAUAAAAGCUCGUCAGACUCAGAUAAUAAAUAAAACGGAAAAAAUGAUUUGUUGUGCGGCCCGGUACCGGGCCAGGGGGUUGGGGACCACUUUUAGGGAGCUACCAUCCUGAAGCAAAAUUAGUUAGUGUAGGACAAGCACUCAGAUGUUCUUACAGGAUCAUGAUGAUAAUCUGACUAUUAAGGUGAGGACCACAGCUUCUUAAACCUGCUGGCUGAAUAAACCAAUAGGUCUUUUUCACAGCAGACAUUUUGACUUGUCAGGAUAGGAAACGCUCACAUCAAUGAUGCCUCUGUUCUAUUCAAGUGCCCCAGUAACUUAUCGUAAGCCAGCAUUCACAAUACCGGGGUCUUCAAACUGAAGCAGCCAUCAUUCUGUUCUGCACCUGUGCUUUCCCUGCUGUGACAUGUCAAAAUGUCUUUUGUUAUCAUCUCACUUCUUUUCGCAUAUCAUGGAGUUGCAGUUCACUAAUGGAUUUAAAAUCCUAAACAAGUGUACUGUAGAUGCUUGUUGAUCUUUGGCCUACUUACAUAAUUACAUAAUUCAGUAAAACUCAAUUAGGGUGAGAAUUUAGUUUAAUAUUUUAUUAAUCCCCCUAUUGAAAUCAAUUCUCAGUUUGUCCAGUCCUAAUGAGAUAAUCAGAGCAGUGGCCAGUGAACCCAGGACCUUCCUACAGUUCCUACGCAACCUUGUUACAUGUGCAUUUGUUCAACUGUGUAGUCAUAUGUGGUGUUAAAGGAUAAGGCUGACAGUAUUCUAGUUUUCUUAUUGUCAGCAAAUCACAUGAAAAUACUCCAACAAACAGUGUCAAACAUGUCUGUCUUUGUUCCAACUGGGGACAUAAACCUGUACAAAUGGAUCACAAAUGUAUAGUUUCAUUAAAAAAAAAAAAAGGCUGAAUUAUUUCCUAAAACAGCUGACUUUGUAGUUUUUGGACUAUAAUUGAGCUCUAUGGCACAGAGGAUUAACAUAUACAUUAUCAGGUUUUGCCACACAAAUCAAUUCACUGCUGGUUUUGUUCUUUUCAUGAGAUUUUUUUUGACGUGAAAAAUAUAGAAUAUCACCAGAAAGUAAGGAAAGUUAAAUGUAUGAAUCAGUCCACCAUCAGAAUUCUCCAAGUCAGCUUUAUUUUAAGUAGAUUCUUGGUGAUUAUGCAGACAUAACUGUCAAUAUAUUUAAAAUUAUAAAAAGAAAAUGGCAAAGUAGAAUGUGACAAAAUCAGGAAGAUCUUGGGGAUUAAAUUUAAGGCCCCUUCAGAACCAAUCAAGUGGGUCUUGUGUGGUACUUUGCUCUGUCAGGAUCAGGUUAAAAUUGAACGAUUUUGUGCUGUAUGGUUUUUAGAAAUGUGUUGUUGAAAACCAUGAUGCAGUAUCCAUCAGAAGCCAGCUAUCUUCACAUUGUAAAAGUCACUGUCCAUCUCACUGCACAUCAAACAAUCUAUAGCAAGGGAUAUCACUCAGCCCAGAAAGGCAUAAUGCAUCAAUCAGUGAGUUAACCGAACUGUUUUUCAGUGUUACAUGUCCAAAAAGUUGUUACGUGUAGUUAAACACAAUCGGAUCACGGCCUCGAGCUGCAUCUUUCUGCUUUAGUUCAGUUAGCUGGCUUAAUGAGUGAUACUACAAGGUGACAGCUCUGUUCCUGGCUAAAUCUCUUUCUAGUGUCUUUUGUGUUGAUGUGGAGGAGGUGGUGAGGUAGGCUCACAGAGCAGAUCCUCCUUAUCUCACUUUUUGGUAACAACCAGCACAGCUGAAGGCACCAAACCUAGAAAGACAAGGGAAAGCCAUGAAAAAAGUCAGUUAAAGCUUCUGAAUAGACAGUUUCAAGUCCACACAGAAAAUAAAGCACACGGACAAUAUGUUGAGGUAUGAGUAUUACAGUAAGUGUGUUCCAUAUUUAAAAUGUAGUCCCCAGCCCAGUGCUCACCCAGUUCUUUGAGGGGCUUCUCCAUGUCCAGUUCGGUGUAUUCGUGGCGGGGGUACGGCGACAGCAGCGUGAAGUCCUGACCCUCGGGCGUGUUGCCGUUCAUCUGCACAUAGACGCGCACUGCCGCCAGCGGCUCCUGGGCCUUGAAGACUGUCGUGAUGGUCGAGCCGUCCAGCAGACGGACCUUUAAAGUAAAGAAGUGGAGGAGCAAAUGAAGGAGGGGGAGAGGAAAAAAGUAGGCAAUGGAUGAGGGAAACGAUGGAGGACAGUUUUUUGUUGUUGUUUGUUGUAGUUGUUGUUUUGUCAUGCC